CCCAGGUGUACAAAUAUCAGGCCAGCCUUCCGGCGCGGCACACUCCACCCCUCCAGGCUGUCUCCCUCGGCACACCGCGGCCCCAGUGUCUCAGCUGCCACAGUUGACGGGGGAAGGAAUCCCACCCCGGACUGAGUCUCGCCCGGGGGCGGCUGCUUUGGGCACAGGACAGCCGGGAAGAGGGCGCCGGGGGAAAGCGGGCGAGCGACUCGGCCAUGGCGCGGGUCCCGGGAGGGCUGGCGGCGCUGCUGCUCGUCACGAUCUGUUUGAACUUUGGAAAUGGACUUCACGUAGAGGUUUUUAAUCAAGCUGCCAAAAAUGACCAUCUGUCUAAUCAGAAUAGUAAAAUCAGACAAAAGCGGGAAUGGAUUGUUCCACCUGCUAGGGUUUUGGAAGAGGAUGACAGUGUGACGAGAAAACCAAUUGCUAAAAUAACUUCUGAUCAUGAAUACGAGCCAGAGGUGGUAAUUACUUACACAAUUUCUGGCCAGGGAGUGACAGAACCACCUUAUGGAUUGUUUGUUAUCAAUGGAAAAACUGGAGAACUGAGCAUAACAAAAAGAGUUGACCGAGAAAAAACUCCAAUGUUCUUGGUUAGAGGUCAUGCACUUGAUCAGAAUGGGAGAAAAAUGGAAGAGCCAAUAGACCUGACAAUUCAAGUUGAUGAUAUAAAUGACAAUUACCCAGUGUUUUCAGAGAAAGUUUUUACUGGCUCUGUUGAAGAGUUAAGUGAAUCAGGUACACUUGUGAUGAGGAUAAAUGCAACCGAUGCAGAUGAGCCGAAUAAUCUAAAUUCCAAAAUUGCUUUCAAGAUUCUUGAAAAUUCUAAUUCAUUCAGUAUUCUAAAAAACACCGGUGAGAUUAUAACAUCAACAUUAUACCUUGACAGAGAGAAACAAAGUAGCUACACUUUGACUGUAGAAGCAAGAGACAGAGGUGGAAGCGAAAUUGGGCUAGCUACAACCAGUACUGUAAAAAUCGAGAUUUUGGAUGUCAACGACAAUAUGCCUGUUCUUGAAAGGGAGACAUAUGAAGGCAGUGUUGAGGAAAACAGAGCAAAUGUGGAAAUUAUGCGACUGCAAGUAUCUGACAAAGAUGAAAAAUUCUCUGAUAAUUGGCUGGCAAACUUUACAAUUGUCUCUGGGAAUGAAGGGGGUUAUUUCCGUAUAGAGACAGAUGCUCAAACAAAUGAAGGAGUUUUGACUCUUGUGAAGGAGCUCAAUUAUGAGGAAAUGCAAACCAUGAACUUGAGUGUUAUCGUUACAAAUAAAGCAGCAUUUCACAAAUCAAUUAGUAAUAGUUACAAAGUAAAACCAAUUCCAGUCACAAUUAAGGUGAAAAAUGUGCUAGAGGGCCCUGUAUUCAAACCCAACACAAAGGUGAUUGAAACAAGUGAGACUAUGACGAUAAACCAGAUUAUUGGGAGAUAUCAAGCCUUUGAUGAAGACACUUCAAAAGUACCAGAACAUAUUACAUAUGUCAAAAAAAAUGAUAAAGAUAAUUGGAUCAUGAUAGAUUCUACUACAGCUGAAAUCAAGCUAAUAAAAACACCUGAUUAUGAGUCCUCUUAUGUAAUUAAUGGUACCUACACUGCCACCAUUCUGGCCAUAACUAAGGAUUAUUCUAAGAAAACAGCCACUGGUACCAUUGUAAUUCAGGUUGUGGAUGCCAAUGAUAAUUGUCCAAUCAUUGUGACUCCAACACAGACUGUGUGUUCAGAUGCAAAGUUCUUCAGUUUUACAGCUGAGGAUCGAGAUGCUUAUCCAAAUAGUGCUCCCUUCACUUUUACUGUCAUUGAUGAGCCUGAAGGGAUGACAAAGAAAUGGGUAAUUGGAGAGACAAAUGCAACAAGCAUGCAGCUGUUACUACCACAAGAUGUAAAGCCCAGCACAAAUCAAGUUCAAAUUUUAGUGAAAGAUAUGCUAGGUUUAAGCUGUCCUGAAAAGCAGAUCCUUACACUGACAGUUUGUACGUGUGUGAACGGGCAUUCCUGCCAGGACAGACAAAUCGGCUCUUCAGUUGGGCUGGGAGCUGGAGCAAUUGCACUAAUUAUCUUGGCAAUUUUAUUAUUGCUACUUGUGCCACUCUUAUUGCUGUUUUGCCAUUGGGGAUCUGGUGCUAAAGGAUUCACAGCAAUACCUGACAGUAAUGAAGAGAUGUUACAUAAAUGGAACAGUGAAGGGGCAGCACCCGAAGACAAGGCAGUGCUAACCCUCAUCGCUCCCACUGCAUUGGACUACUCAGCAGGAAAUGUGCGUAGUGGAGCAGCAGCAGCGAUUGGUGCAGGGGCAGUUGGUAUAGGAGGAGGCAGUUCUCAAUUCCAUAUUGAAGAACGCUAUGGUAAUGCUAACAUGAGCAAUGGGAGAUGGGAAGAACAAAGACAUCUUUUUUCUGGUGCAAAAUAUGGAGCCAUGGCAGCUGGUGGGGCCAUGGCAGCUGGGGAGGCCAUGGCAGCUGGCGGGGCCAUGGCAGCUGGCGGGGCCACGGCAGUUGGGGAGGCCAUGGCAGCUGGCAGGGCCACAGCAGCUGGGGAGGCCAUGGCAGCCGGCGGGGCCAUGACGAUGGGAGCUGGAGGGACCAUGACGAUGGGAGCUGGAGGGACCAUGACGAUGGGAGCUGGAGGGACCAUGACAAUGGGAGCUGGACGGACCAUGAUGAUAGGAGCUGGACGGACCAUGACUACGGGAGCUGAAGUGGGCAUAGAUGAAGAAUUUUUGAGAGGCUACUUCAAUGAGAAAGCUGCCACUUUUGCUGAUGAAGAUGAAGCUCAACUAGCAAAAGACUGUCUCUUGCUUUACUGUCAGGAAGAAGCAGGCUCCUCACAUGGUUCCAUUGGCUGCUGCAGCUUUAUUGAAGAUGACUUGGAUGACCGUUUUCUAGAUGAUUUAGGAGAUAAAUUUAAGACCCUAGCAGAGAUCUGUCUGGGCAAACAUGCAGAAGUGGAAACCAGCCAGCAUAGUUCUCAUGGGCUGCAGGCCAGUUACACAACUCUGGCUGAGGUUUCAGGGAUGCAAAGCAUAAGAGGGCAGACCACCAUUUCUGGACCUGGAAGGCAGGAGCGUAUACUAAUCACAGACCCCCUCUUUAACCAAACAGGCUUAGGUUUGGAAGAGUCUUCUACCAUAAGUAAAUCUUCAAACGUCACAAAAUACAGCACUGUGCAGUAUACUCGCUCAUAAAAUAUAUAUCCCUCAGACAGCUCUGUUAGGCAUCAUUUAUAUCUCUACCAGCAACACUGGCAACUUUUUAGUAUCUCAAGAUCUCCAUUUUCUUGUGCUUUUAAAAAUAGACUGCAUUUUCUUACAGUAGUUUCUGUAAAUAAGAAAUAUGACCAGGGAAAAAAGCAGCUGACUUUACAGUGUUUUAUAGCAAUGCUUUCAAGGUGGACAAUUAAUAGGAAUAAUGUUUCCUUGUUUUUUCCUUCUACUACUGUAUAAUUUAUCACAUGUAAGAUAAUGAUGGUGAAGGCUAAACCCAUCACCCACAUGCAGAGAAUGAUAUAAUUAGAAAGCCAGAAAAGUCUUGAAAAAAAUUGUAAUGACCAACUAAAAAUGUUGUUAAACUAAAUUUCUAUGAACUGUUUGUCUCCUGUGUUCUAAAGUGUCUUGCAGGCACUCUGGAACUUAGUCAUCAAUUUCAUUCCCUCUCAUCUAAAAGGGCCAGAAACAACUUUUCUCCACAGAGAUGGGGACUGUCUGUAUAUGCAAUAUCCCAGGCUCCAGCAGAUUUACAAAUGGAAGAAUUUGUCAGAAUUUCAGAAAUAAUUUGAGUCAGAUAAUGAUCUCUAGCUGUGAGGUGCACACUGCCUCAGAGCUAGGAAAACCUGUUCCUGGGAAUUCACCCCAAAGAGCAGUAGGUUUGCUGGUGUUCGACACAUGUUCACCUCACAUAGGAGGACCAGAACUUUCGACUUCUAAUCUGAAUUUUGAUUUCUGUCCCAUCUUUCCAUUACAUAGUUACCUUUUUAAGGAACAUUUAAUACCAUGGCCUUGAAAAUAACUAAACUUGAAAAAGAUAAAACUGUUUAACAUGUUACCUUGAAAAAUUAAUUUCCAUUGGGUAGGGAUGAUGUCCUUAGCCUCUGUUUGCCAGAAGCUGGGAAUAGGUAAAAUUCCUGCUGACUUUACUGCUUCAUGCCUGGGGCCUUGCUUAUAUUUGGUGAGAAAUGAGGGAGCUCACUACAGUUUGUACAGAACUUUCAGUUAGUCAUUUCAUUUUUUUCUUGAUAUUUAAAUGUGGGAAAAAGGGAAACACAUUUACUCAGAAAAAGGAGGGGAAAGUAAUGUAGUAUGUAUAUAUCUGAAUGUAAAUGCUUAUUUUUAUGAAAUUUGGGAAAACCCAAGUGAAUUUUGUUUAAAAUCUAAGCUGGAAGGUACUAUGAAUAGGAGAAGCCACCUUAAUGCUUUUUGGAACAGAUAUGGUACAGUAAAAAUAUUACAAGGGUUGUUAAUUACCAUUUAAUUUUGCAUGUGAAAGAUAUGGGACUGGUUAAGUGAAGCAGAUGUAUAAGUAUGUGAAGAACUGGGGUCUUCGAUUGCAGAGAUAGAACUUCAGUGGUUCUGAUUAUUACUUUCAGUUUCAUUUCAGUUUCCAUUUCUAUCAAAUUUUCAUCCAAUUGCAUUGUUGUGUAUUGCCAUAUUAUUUUCUGCCUGAAUUUUUUUUAAACAAAGAUAUAUUUGAAACAGGGAAAAGUGUGUAGAAAGCAAUUUAAAACAGAAACUUGUAUUAUAUUUAAAUAAGAGAAAUAUGAAAAUGAGAACUAUAGUCUUUGUUCAUCACGGGUAGGUAAGCACUUGCCUAAUUUAAGCACAUGAGUAGUUCCAUAUAAGUCAGUGAAAAUACUCAUGUGCUUAAAUUUGGCACAUGCUUAAGCACCUUGCUGAAUUGGAAUCUAUAUCUCUGGUUUUAUGUGGCAUAAACUUGUAUUUCAUUCCAAGCAUGAAUUUUGAAUGGAUAACUGCUCUUUUUUCCUACAAGUAGAGGAAAUGGAUUUAUGCUGGUUUUAUAUGUGACCUUUUUUAGGGUGACUUCUAUAUUUUUAUGGAACUUCAAAUAAAGGAAGAUGCUGA